CUGCUUGAACUUGAGAAAAAUAAUGUUAUUUGUUUAAAAUACCUAGAAUAAGUGGAGGGACAUGUCCGCCUCCUAUCUGAUCCAUGCUUGGAUAACUUAUUAGAUGUUUCGAUUAUUUCAUAAUCGUAGAGUUUUCUGCUUAACGUUUAAGUAACGUUUGAAGGGUAAUGGUAAUAAAUCAUUCCAUUGGUUAAAUUUUAUACUUUCCUGUUCAGACUUGUAUACAUAAAAAUGAGGCUAAAUUCCAGAAACGCUAUAUUCCAGAAACGCUUUAAAUUAGUUAAGACAACAACAAAGUUUAAACAUGGCAAUGGUGCGGGCAGCGUUCAUCAUGUGUGGCGUCUUAUGUAUAAGUGGUCAGUACAUUUAUCCGAAAGAAAAGAAUCGAUGUGCCAGGAAUGGAGAGGCAAUGAUGCAGAUUCGAGAACUUUUGAUCCAACAAGGGAGGGUUCAAGAAUCAGUAGAUUCCCUCGGAAAGAUGGUGAAGGGACUCGAGCAAGAUGUAACCAAGACCUAUGAAGAUUUUAAAAUCGUCAAAGAAGGCUUAAAACUAAAACAUGUGGAUUGUCAGGAUCUCUUCAUGUAUAUAACGGGAUAUAAACAGUCUGGGGUAUAUACUAUUUAUCCUUUUGAUAACGAGACCAGAUUCAAAGUGUUCUGUGACAUGGAAACAGAGGGCGGAGGGUGGACAGCAAUUCAGAGACGAUUAAGCGGAUCUAUUGGUUUCAACAGAACGUGGGCAGAAUACAAAAAAGGUUUUGGGAAUGUAUUUGACUCUUACUGGAUUGGAAAUGACAUGAUUCACCAGCUAACAAAGGGAAAAAACUCCUCCCUCUACAUCUCCAUCACAUUACGAAAUGGAACAACUUUGUAUGAACAUUAUCAAGAGUUUUCGGUUUCUAAUGAAUCGGACAAUUACAGGUUGUUUCUUGGGGGACCAGCUACCGGGACACUGGGUGACCGUAUGCUUGACACGGGGGAUUUUUCGGCGGAUCUGUCAGGGAUGGCAUUCUCUACCCUGGACAGAGACCACGACAGGUUUUAUGAUAACUGUGCUGUUUGUUGUGGAGGGGGAGGAGGCUGGUGGUAUAACGGGUGUUACUACGCCAACCUCAACGGUAAAUGGUCCCCGGAACACUGGCACGCACCCUGGGAUCCGCCACUUAAGUAUGGUAGUGAUAUAACGGAGACUCUCAUGAUGAUAAAGCCUCACUGAUUACGUGAAUGAUGUGUUAAUGAUGCGUCACUUGUUGUUAAUAUUGUUCACUUCAGACGUUUGAUCAAAGUUACGACAUUCAGUCAGUUAUCAUUAUUUAAUGUUCAUGAAGUUUUACAUAUUUCAUUUAUACAUAUACAUACUAAUUCAAAUCUAUAUAUGAUACAUAAAUGAGUUAUUAAUUUAAUCCUAGUUGUGUUAUUGAUGUUAAAAUACAUAUCUCUGUCGUUAUUUGUCUUAUAUAACAAC